GCAGAGAGGGGUUGAGACACCCGACGCAAUCUCACCCACAACCCAGUAACAACGCUGCUGUUCCUUCCCUGCCUGCACACGUCCCCUUUUCUAUACCCACGUACCUACGCAUCCUUGUCGUCGACGGCGCAAACAGUCUUGACAUCUCCGCCAAAAUGGACGAGCCCGAGGAGGAGCCAUGGCCACCGGUUCCACCCGACAUCGACAACGCCACCCUCGAUGUCGAGAUGCCCGAACUCUGCGUCACUGGAAGCACCAUGCUCUACAGGGUCAAGGGGCACCCGUCCAUGGUUUACAAACUCAGGGGCCAGUCUCGAGAGUACGAAAUUCAAAAGGCGGCUGGAGAUUGCGCAAUUCCAGUCCGUGGAAGAGUGAUGCUCAAGUCGACAUACGGAAACGGCGACGUAUAUUGUAUGGGCUUCCUGAUGGAUCUUGCUACACCAGUUCUGCAGACUUUGCCUCUCCAACCACCGCGGCGCCGUGAUAUCAUGCAGCAGAUGAUUCACAUUGUUGCGCAAUUACACGUCAAGGGCAUCAUCCACGGCGAUAUAAAGCUAGAGAACAUGCUUAUGGACGAUCAAGGCAAACUACGACUUUGUGAUUUCGGCGAAGGGCGGUAUAUUGAUGAAAACGAGGACGAGAAUACGUGGGAAGGGAAUUCGACGUGGCAUUACGAGUCGCCAAAUAGGCUUCGGAGAGGAGAAGAGAUAGGAUGGGACCCGGCACCGCCUCUAGUCGAGGAUGACUUGUUUAGCCUCGGUCUAAGCAUCUGGCAGUUGCAUACCAACAAGACGCCACAUGAGGAUAUGGCUGGUGACGAUUUGGGUCUAAAGGAGAGGCAACGAAACCGAGAAACAGUCAACGUGGCCGAGGUAGAUGACCCCGAGGCUCGUGAGAUCAUCGCAGGCCUUCUUCGCCAAGGAGGAGCCCGUAUUUAGUAUCAUCGGUCGACUGGCAGUGGUACUCACUGGAUGCUGGGAGCAUGCCUCGGUACUUGUUACUGUUUUGUGAUGUUUAUCUUUAUGAAUCCAUUGCUCAGGGCGACUAGCUUCUAAGCUUAUCUUGCAAACACUUCCUUGGCAAAUUUCAAGCCAGCCUUUUUUACACGC